AUGACUCCAAAUACAUUCCCGCAGUUUGCAAAGCUCCCCACUGAGCUCCGCAGCAUGAUCUGGGAAUUUGCGCUCCCCGACAAGCCAAUCGGGCCCUUCUUGUACCCCUACAAGCCAGGAUACUGGAGCCCUCGACGACUGUCAGCAAUCGGAGACCGGGACGAUUACUCUGAUUUAGCGCAUAGAUUGGUCGACCCCGUCCAAUUCUCGAUGCCACUUCUGCUCGUCAAUCGUCAAGCCCGCGCCAUCGCAGAAUCCUGGAUGGACGAAAACAGCGUGCAGAUCCGCUACUACAAGGACACCGAAUCGCUUGUCUCUGUCUGUGCCUUUCAUCCCCAGCACGACGCGCUCUAUGUUUCCUCCGAAAAUUGGGAGCCUUUUCUAAGCGAGAUGAGAAGCCUCUAUGACAAGGGUUAUCAGUUGCCGCGCCUGGCAGAUAUCCUCUUGGGCGUGCAACGCCUGGCGGUUCCUCUCAGCGUUCUUCAGGCUCACGAAGACACGUUUCCUUACGUUGUCAACAUUUGCCCGUUCAUUAGGAAGAUUUUUGUGGUCGCGAAUUUGCGACCGGAUUUGCUGUUCGCUGGCGGCGACGACAGCAACCUGCAUGCGCGUUGGGAGCUAAGAAAGACAGAGGUUGCUAGGCUCUGGGGUCCUGGACUCGACAGAUCUUGGUGCGGGUUUACUCGUGGUUACGGACCGGGGGGUUACGUCGCCGACUUGAUUGACAGAGGAGCGGACGGUCUACAAGAGAUGUUUGAGGACUGGGACCCGGAACGGCGUGAGGGAAAACGCUAUGUGUUGCGGGCUGUCUAUGCAGUCAGAAAUGAGCAUCAAUAA